AGUUUCCCGCCAGAUUACACUUUCGGAAAACCUCUCCAGACCUUCUUUCAGUUUCAGGUCAUUGAUGUUCCCGGAUCAUGUUCGGAUUGUCCAUUUUCCAGGUCAAACCUUCUGUUCCUAUCAUAGGAAGGUCGGAAAUAUAUUUGUCUGUAUUAUACAAGAAAGAUGUUUCAGUUUCAUAUAAGGGAAAUUCCAUACCUAGUUGUACUGGCCAUUUUAUGUCCCAUGGGGAAGACUGCAACAGCUUCAGGUCGAUGUCAGACUUCUGAGUUGGUCAAUUUUUAUCCAUGUCCAACAUGGCCAGAACAAAACAUGUAUACAGAAGAUGAAGGUCCAAUAGAUUUGUUAUGCUCAGUGAUUUCAAAUUCUGGAACUGUCAACCUUACGUGGUACAAAGAUGGAAUAGAACUGAAGUCAGAUCAACAUAUAUAUAUCAGCAAUGAUAAACGUUUGAUAAUAACACUUCCUGUACAGAAGGAUUCUGGGUACUAUUCCUGUGAUGCUGUAGUGGCUAACAGUUCUAUAAGCUAUGAAGGAUAUAUUUUAGUGACUGAGUCUAUUUCUGUUACCCAUCCUAGAAUUGUUCAUACUGAACCAUUAGAUCAAGAACAGAAAGUUAUUUUGGGAUCCAGUACAAACAUAAGCUGUACUUUUGAUGUUGGGACUCAAAAGUCAACGCCUGACAAAAUGCAGUGGAGAAAAAAUGGAGAUUUAUUGUAUGAUAAUAACACUAGCCUGGAAUACCAGAUCUUUAACCUAACUAAGGGACAGACGGUUUUAAUGUUACAAAUAAAGAAUAUAUCUGUUGAUGACUUGGGAGUGUAUGAGUGUUAUGGAAAGAAUGGUAGAGGUUCCGAUUCAAGGAAUAUAACUUUACUGAGAGAUGUGGCUCCAGGAGAACAUGGAAGUGGAGAAGUCAAAUUAUGGCUCCUUGUAGCUAUUUCUGGAGGGGCAGGGUUUGUAGUUAUGACGUUAAUCAUUUCUAUAGUGAUUGCUGUUAUAAGAAGAAAACGUAAUGAGAAAAUUGAUUGGGAAGAUCCUGACUUAGAGCAUUAUGAAGUUCCACAGCAUAAAUUAGAGUAUGAUGUGUUUAUAUCCUACAGUAGCGAGGAUGAAAAAUGGGUAAAAGAAACACUGUUUACAAAACUUGUUCAAAAUGGUUACCAUGUCAACAUCGACUUUAAAGAUUUUGUGCCAGGUAUGGCCAUUGCAGAAAAUGUCAUGGAUUCAAUAUACAAAAGCAGAAAAACUGUUGUUGUAAUGUCGAAGAAUUUCCUGAAAUCGAUGUGGGGCCAGUUUGAACUUCAGCAAGCUCACAAUAGGGCUAUAUCACAGCGGAAGGAUGUUCUGAUUUUGAUCAAGUAUGGAAAAUGUAAAGUUCCAGCGAAAUUAAUGGGAAAGACAUUCCUAGAUUUUACAGACAAAACAAUUGCACAACAUUUUUGGCAGAGAUUUUAUGAUGCAAUUGGAAAACCGGGUGAUGACCUUCAAAAGAUAGAAGGUGAAGAUGAAGGUCAAAUUAAAUACAUUGAGAAAAGUCCAGUCACAGAGGAACAAAGUCAAGUAAAUGAAAUGGACGAAAGUAAUAAAAACUUUGAGGGGUACGAUCACAUUAUUAUAAAUUUGAAAAAUGAAAAGAACAAAAAGGAGACAAUAGAAAAUGAAGUCAAUGUCAGACCAAGAACAUGUGAUCGCAGUCAGAGACUUGAGAGUACGGAGUCAAGUGCGAGUCAGGACUCGUGUAUUGGUAGAAGGAUCAGCUUAGACGAGCAGAAACCAUUAUUGUGUUAAUUCUAUAGCAUAAAAGGCCAUACUUAUACUAUAUGUGUUAUGCCCCCACCAUAACCAGAGGGGCAUUAAGUUUUGCACUUCUGUAGGUGUAUUUUGUACAUUCCAAAUCUUGAGUUUGCUUUAAGCAAAUGUUUCGAGAAUCAUACACAAUGGUUUUACAAAAAAAACACAUAUCAAGUUAGAAUUUGGGUCACUAAUACCUUUCUGCCCCUUGAUAUUUGGAAAAAGAGCUGUUUUUAGCUCACCUGACCUGAAAGGUCAAGUGAGCUUUUCUCAUCACUUGGCGUCCGUCGUCCGUCGUCCGUAAACUUUUACAAAAAUCUUCUCCUCUGAAACUACUGGGCCAAAUUUUACCAAACUUGGCCACAAUCAUCCUUGGGGUAUCUAGUUUAAAAAAUGUGUCCGGUGACCUGGCCAUCCAACCAAGAUGGCCGCCAUGGCUAAAAAUAGAACACAGGGGUAAAAUGUAUAUUUUGGCUUAUAUCUUUGAAACCAAAACAUUUAGAGUAAAUCUGACAAGGGGUAAAAUUGUUAAUCAGGUCAAGAUCUAUCUGCCCUAGAAUUUUCAGAUGAAUCGGACAACCCGUUGUUAGGUUGCUGCCCCUGAAUUGGUGAUUUUAAGGAAAUUUUGCAGUUUUUGGUUAUUAUCUUGAAUACUAUUAUAGAUAGAGAUAAACUGUAAACAGCAAUUAUGUUCAGCAAAGUAAAACCUACAAAUAAGUCAACAUGACCAAAAUUGUCAGUCAACCCCUUUAGGAGUUAUUGCCCUUUAUAGUCAAUUUUUAACAAAUUUUCGUCAGUUUUUGUAACUUGUACAAAAAUCUUCUUCUCUGAAACUACAUGGCCAAAUUAAACCAAACUUGGCGAUAAUUAUCAUUGUGGUAUAUAGUUUUAAAAAUGUGUGUGAUGACACCGCCUACCAAACAAAAUGGCCGACAUGGCUAAAAUUAGAACAUAGUGGUAAAAUGCAGUUUUUGAUGUAUAUCUUUAAAACUAAGACAUUUAGGGCAAAUCUUUUAAGAUUUAAAUGUCCAUCAGAAUAAGAUCUAUCCUCUCGCAAAUUUUCAGAUGAAUCUGACAACUCGUUAAUGGGUUGCUGCCCUAAAAUUGGUGAUUUUAAGGAAAUUUUGCAGUUUUUGGUUAUUAUCUUGAAUACAAUUAUAGAUAGAGAUAAACUGUAAACAGCAAUUUUGUUCAGCAAAGUAGGAUCUACAAAUAAAUCAACAUGAUAAAAAUUGUAAGAGUACCCCUUAAGGAGUUAUUGCCCUUUAUAGUCAAUUUUGAACAAAUUUUCGUCAUUUUUGUAACUUGUACAAAAAUCUUCUUUUCUAAAACUAUGGGCCAUAUUAAACUAAAUGUGGCCACAAUCAUCACUAUGGUAUCUAUUUAAAAUAAGUGUCUAAUGACCCCACCUACCAAACAAGAUGACCGACAUCAGUAAAUACAGUAACAGGUGAGCGACACAGGCUCUUGAGAGCCUCUAGUUUUUGUUUUGCACUCUUUAACUUCAGUUUGGCUAAUUGAAAUGUUUUGAAUCUUAUACAUAAUGCUUAUUAGUUCCAUAAAAUAAGAUCAAGUUCAAGUUUUGGUCACUUUUACUGUUCUCAAGUUACGCCCUAUUAUAAUGUUAUACGCAAACAGAGUGCAUUAUGUGUGUCACAUGGACACUUUCUCUAUUUAUGUUAGAUGUGAUUUACUGUGGAUUCAUGAAUUGUUGUAGGGUAAUCAUUUAUACAUUAUUUUCAUUGGUGAAAGAACAGAAUUGUUAUUUUUAAGGAAUGAACUGUGUUAUUAUAUUUCAUAUUAUAUUAGCAACAUGUAUUAAUCUAUGAAAUAAUUGAUAUUUUUUAUGGAAUUUACAAAAGAUAAUUAGGGAUUCAUAUAUUUAAGCCUCAUGACUAGGCAACUGGGGCAUUCAGUGUUCAGUGUUACCUAUCACCUUCCAUUUUCCGUCCUCCUUCUUUCAUUGUUACCUAUCACCUUCCAUUUUCUGUCCUCCGUCUUUCAGUGUGUCCUAUUUUGGCUGCAGGGUAUUCGUGGUCACAGACACAUUCUUCUUUAAUCAGUCCCCUACCUCUGUCAGAGAGGACUUUAGGUUUGCACUCUGUCUGUCUGUCAGUCUGCCAAAUGAGUUUUCCAGAUUUUUUUUCUUCAUGCUUGAAGAUAUUUUUUGUUUUAUUAUGAUAAGUUAAAGGUCAAGUUACAUUUUCACGACUAGCUUUUUUUAUUGUUCAGAUAAAGCCCUUUUUUUAGAAUUUAAUUUUGGAUGAAAUAUUUAAUAAUUACUGUCCAAAGGAAAAUAAGAUUUUAAGAUUUUUAAUAGAAUUGUGACAUUUUGAUUUUGUAACCUUUCCGUAAAUUGUUCUAAGAAUUUAGUGUUAUAUUUGUUUGUUAUUUUAUUUAGUUAACACCAUGACAAGUUAUUGAUGAAGUUGGAAUUACGUUCUAUUUCAAUGAUUUUUUAACCAGUAGGGGACUUUGUAUUGCCAUGCAAUACUCACAGAAUGCUUGUUUUUAUUAACUAACUAGUUUUUAGCUCAACUGGCCGAAAGGCCAAGUGAGCUUUUCCCAUCACUUGGCGUCUGGCGUCCGUCGUCCGUCGUCAUCGUUAACUUUUACAAAAAUCUUCUCCUCUGAAACUACUGGGCCAAAUUAAACCAAACUUGGCCACAAUCAUCAUUGAUGUAUCUAGUUUAAAGUUUGUGUUUAAUUACCCGGCCAACCAUUCAAGAUGGCCCCCAUGGCUAAAAAAAGAACAUAGGGGUAAAAUGCAGUUUUCGGCUUAUAACUCAAAAACCAAAGCAUAUAGAGCAAAUCUGACAUGGGGGUAACAUUGUUUAUCAGGUCAAGAUCUAUCUGCCCUGAAAUUUUCAGAUGAAUCAGACAACCCAUUGUUGGGUUGCUGCCCCUAAAUUGAAAAUUUUAAGGAAAUUUUACUGUUUUUGGUUAUUAUCUUGAAUAUUAUUAUAGAUGGAGAUAAGCUGUAAACAGCAAUAAUGUUCAGCAAAGUAAGAUUUACAAAUAAGUCAACAUGACCAAAAUGGUCAGUUGACCCCUUUAGGAGUUAUUGCCCUUUAUAGUCAAUUUUUAACCAUUUUUCGUAAAUAUCCAUGAUCUUUUACAAAAAUCUUCUCCUCUGAAACUACCGGGCCAAAUUAAACCAAUCUUGGCCACAAUCAUCAUUGAUGUAUCUAGUUUAAAGUUUGUGUUUAACUACCCGGCUAACCAUCCAAGAUGGCUGCCAUGGCUAAAAUUAGAACUUAGGGGUAAAAUGCAUUUUUUGGCUUAUAACUCAAAAACCAAAGCAUUUAGAGCAAAUCUGACAAGGGGUAAAAUUGUUUAUCAGGUCAAGAUCUAUCUGCCAUGAAAUUUUCAGAUUAAUCAGACAACCCAUUGUUGGGUUGCUGCCGCUAAAUUGGUAAUUUUAAGGAAAUUGUACUGUUUUUGGUUAUUAUCUUCAAUAUUAUUAUAGAUGGAGAUAAACUGUAAACAGCAUUAAUGUUCAGCAAAGUAAGAUUUACAAAUAAGUCAACAUGACCAAAAUGGUCAGUUGACCCCUUUAGGAGUUAUUGCCCUUUAUAGUCAAUUUUUAACCAGUUUUCAUAAAUAUACAUGAUCUUUUACAAAAAUAUUCUCCUCUGAAACCACCAGGCCAAAUUAUUCCAAACUUGGCCACAAUCAUCAUUGAUGUAUUCAGUUUAAAGUUUGUGUUUAAUUACCCGGCCAACCAUGCAAGAUGGCCACCAUGGCUAAAAAUAGAACAUAGGGGUAAAAUGCAAUUUUUGGCUUAUAACUCAAAAACCAAAGCAUUUAGAUCAAAUCUGACAAGGGGUAAAAUUGUUUAUCAGGUCAAGAGCUUAGGUAAUAUGAGGGAAAUUUUGCUGUUUUUGGUUAUAAUCUUGAAUAUUAUUAUAGAUAGAGAUAAACUUUAAACAGCAAUAAUGUUCAGCAAAGUAAGAUCUACAAAUAAGUCAACAUGACCAAAAUGGUCAGUUGACGCCUUUAUGAGUUAUAGUCAAUUUUUUACCAUUUUUCGUUAAUCUUAGUAAUCUUUUACAAAAAUCUUCUCCUCUGAAACCACCCGGCCAAAUUAAUCCAAACUUAACCACAAUCAUCUUUGGGGUAUCUAGUUUAAAAAAUGUGUGGCGUGACCCGGUCAACCAGCCAAGAUGGCUGCCAUGGAUAAAAAUAGAACAUAGGGGUAAAAUGCCGUUUUUGGCUUAUAGCUCAAAAACCAAAGCAUUUAGAGCAAAUUGCUGUUUAUCAGAUCAAGAUCUAUCUGCCUUGAAAUUUUCAGAUGAAUCAGACAACCCAUUGUUGGGUUGCUGCCCAUAAAUUGGUUAUUUUAAGGAAAUUUUACUGUUUUUGGUUAUUAUCUUGAAUAUUAUUAUAGAUGGAGAUAAACUGUAAACAGCAAUAAUGUACAGCAAUUUAAGACUCAAAAAUAAGUCAAACGACCAAAAUGGUCAAUUGACCCCCUAAGAAGUUAUUGUCCUUUACAAUCAAUUUUUAACAAUUUUCAUAAAAUUUGUAAAUUUUUACUAACAUUUUCCACUGAAACUACACGGACAAGUUCAUUAUAGAUAAUGAUAAUUGUAAGCAGCAAGAAUGUUCAGUAAAGUAAGAUGUACAAACACAUCACAAUCACCUAAACACAAUUUUGUCAUGAACUGUCUGCUUUCUUUGUUUAAUUCACAUAUACCAAGGUGUGCGACACAGGCUCUUUAGAUCCUCUAGUUUUUCUUCUGUCCGUCCCAUUUUGGUGGCAAAGCUUGAGGUGGGGCAUUUGGUCCUCAGACAUUUAUUUGUUUUAUUAAGUAUUUGUUUUAUUAUGUUUAAUAUUUAACACUUUUCAAAUUUUUGCAUGCAAAUAUUUCUAGAAACAAAUGAUAAAGAAUGAUAGAUUAGAAAGUCAUGAAUAAAGAUGAUUUUUUUGUCGAGCCUUUUAUUCAUGGUGCAUUGGUCAAAGUUAAAAUUUUGAGAUUUGGUCUUUUUUUCAAAUACUAUAUGCAAUAGGUCAGCUAUAUUUAGUGUAUUGAUUGAUUGUGAGGUGUACAUAUAUUUCUUGUUUGGUUUAUAUGACCUUGACCUCAUUUUCCUGAAUGAUAUUAAAUUUUUGUGAUAGUUGUAGUAAAGCUUUAUAUUUAGGACUAUCAAUAUAAUAUCAAUUUUUAGUAAAGAAGGCGAGACAUGUCAGUGUGUGCACUCUUGUGUUAUGCAAUCAUUAUAAUUUAUAAAAUACUGUUAUUUCUGGCCUAAAAUGUAGAUAAUUUGUUUCACGUUAACUUAUUUUGUAGAUAAUGUUAUCUUGCCUAUGUUGUAUGAAUGCAAUUCAGAAAUACAAAAACAUAACACUUUUUGAAAAAAAGUUUUUAUCAUGAUUUAUAAACUGUCAUACAAACUUGCAUUUUUGUCCAUUCUUCAAAAAUCUCAAUAAUAAAUGAAAUGGUUGUAAUAAUUUCUGAAGGGUAACUUAGAAUCUCAAACAAAGACACUUAUAUAUUUGUGAGCUCAAGAACAAAAACAUGUAUUGAAACUAAUCUAAAGCUUGAAAACUGCAGCUAAAAUAUGUAUUUCGCUACUGAAAAUAUUACCCAGUAUAUAUUGAUUAAGCACUAGGUAGAAAAGUGUUUAAAGAGUUGUUAAUAUUUAAUGAGAUUGGCGAAAAGUUUUAUUUUAAUGAACAGUUUUAACUUAAUUUAUUACUUCACUGAUAUCUGAAUUUAGAUAAAAAAAAACUUGCUUUAAAAUCUUGGAGGAUGCUCUAUUAUUUUGUCAUUGGACAUGUUGGAUUCUUAGUAUUUUUUAUCAGAAUUUUAUCAGAAUUUUAUUAUCUACUCUUUAUUAUUUUAUGAUAGACAGUAUAUUGAACAUAUAUGGUGUAUAACAUAUACCUAUAUUUAUAGAAUUUGAUAAUUUUGUUAGUUUAUUAUA